GGGGGGAGCGAGAAGGAAGAUAUGUGAAGAAAAGGGAGAGGAAAAUACUAUGAAAGCCAGGAGAAGAAAGAGAAAGAGUGGGCAAGGUAGGAAACUAAUCACUGGCGGAAAACAGUGAGUUGAACAGCACAUUUCCAGGAAGAGACAGAGUGAGCAGUAGAGAAACAGGGAGAGAGAGGCAAAGACUUUUUUAGCAAAAGUAGUGGCCUCAGACAAAGGUUUGUGUGUUUAUCCAUCAGCAGGUCACAGUAUGGCGUUGUUUCCGCUCUGCAAGACGCCCACAGACUUCCUCUAUGGACGUAAAGCUGCUGCCAGUGUAAAGAGGCCUCAUCCUAUCUUUCAUGCCUUGGGAAUGGAAGAGGGACAAGAAAUGACAGAUAUGAUGGUUGUCAAGGAAGCAAUGCCACAAACCCCUACAGAUACACCAUGGGGUGCUCCUUUAGUGUGGGGUGACACCCGCAACUCGGCCUGGCGCAGAGCUAAAUUUGCACAACAGGGAAUCCGUACAGGUUUGCUGGCCCUCAUGGUGGGAACUUAUAGCCAGUUUGUCCGACGUUUCCUCUCUUCAGCUGAAACCUACUUUCUCCCUGGUCAGAUGGUCACCUACUACAUUCUCACAGACAGUCCCCAUUCUCUGGAUCCCCCCAUCGAGUUGGGGCCUGAACGAAAGCUGAAGGUGGUUCAUGUUGCGGAGCUGCCUGGAUGGCACAGACUGGCCUAUCGUCGCAUGGCCCUGCUUGCUGAUGCCAUCAGGGACCCAAUCAGCACAGAGGUUGAAUACAUCUUCUGUGCUGACAUUGACCAGGAGUUUGUGGCCCCUGUGGGAGAGGAAAUCCUAGGAGACCUGGUGGCCACGUUGCACCCAGAGCUCUACGGGAUGCCACGAAAUACAUUUCCUUACGAAGUCGAAGAAGACUCAGCUGCUUGUGUGAAGGAGCAUGAAGGAGACUACUACUACACCUCAGAGCUGUAUGGCGGGUUGGUUUCUGAGAUGUACAGACUGGCCCGCGUCUGUUCUUUGCUCAUUCUGCAGGACCAGGCCAAUGGAGUGGUAGCAAAGGGCCUUGAGGAGAGCUACCUGAACCGCUACCUUAUCGACCACAGGCCCACCUGUGUGCUGUCACCAGAGUACAGCUGGUGGGACUCGGCCCUAGCUGCUGAUGUGCCCCUACAGAGGCUAGUCUCCUUGGGAAGGCAAUGUGAGUCUUACGAUAACCAGACAAGAGAGGAACACAGAUGUUGAAUAAAUGUUAAAGGCAGGACAUGAAGGUUCUGCAGGCUAAAUCUACCGCAAUAUCUCAAAGUUCCCAACUGUUUUAAGUGUUAAAUUUCCUUCGGAGAUGGUCUAUGGUCAAACAUUAGCAAGUAGUGUUAUGACAGGACAAGAGAUGUAGGAAAAAGCUGAAGAGAAAAGACAUAUUCCAAUCAUCUUCAUUCCAUUAAUAAUUCUGAAUUUCCAUUUAAUUUUCUGUUCUGUUAUUCAAUACACGCAGCCUGCAAACAUGCAGAAGCAAACUGGACAAUCUGCUCUCAAUUAAAGACCCAUUUGUGUGUACAGCACCUUUGUGUGCCUGCUAUCUCUUCCUCAACAGACAAAAACAAAAUUGACCUGUCUCUUUAAACGAAGCACUGUCCUUUCCAUUAAUGUUAGCCUAGGAGAUACUGCUCCAGCAGCUUUGUGGUCAGCAGCGAUAAGAGUCAACAAUGUAAGUGCACACUUUCCCCACAGUGGCUAAUCAUUAACUGGAAGGGCUGCUGUUUCAAGGUCUUUUAAAUGCCAGGUGGGGGCAAAAUGGAUACAAUGAGAUGCUGUUUCUUCAGGUUGCAUGUGCAGAAGCUGCCAUCUUUGAGCUCCGGCAAAAGUUACUGUAGUUUUGAAAAUUGUGAAACUGUUUCAGGAUGUGUUGAAGUAAUUUUCCAAUAAAAAACUGUUUUUUCCCCCCCAAUUUAUGAGUUGGAGGGAAAGGUAAACUCAAUUGAUCUGAUGUCGGUGGUUGUUAUGUUGUCAGUGAGUCUGCCUCCCUCUUUCUCCCACACACACACAAACACACAAACAUGCUCCCCCAUUUACACUCUGCGUUCUCUUCCUUGUGUGCUGUGUUUUAAUGGGAGGGUUAAGCAGCAGCAGAUGGUUUUUUCUCACUGCCAGACAGAAUCUGUCCUCAGGGCCAAUCGCCAC